AUGUUUGUUUUAAAAUUUUGGAGAAAUUAUUAGGAAACAAUUCUCUCAAUUAUUGAAGAUAAGCCAAGGAUAGAAAUUCCAUUAACUGUUUUUAAAUUUAUAAUACUAAUAUCUUUUUUGUAGAUCUUAAUGUAUCUCUUUCAUGAUCAAUCAGAUUUAAAUUCUGAUAAUUAUAAAUUAAAGUCUGUCUUUAAUAUUACUGAAAUGGUUUCAUUAGUAAAUGUCUUAAAUUUAAAAUAGGAUGAUAAUCUAUCGAUUAUAUUUUACGCUAUAACUUAAAUUUUGAUAUAUGUUUACUUUUUUUAUGUAACAGCAUUAACACUAAUCAAAUAGUAUUGGAAAGAUUUUUUCGCUAAAAAUCAAACAACAAUCAUAAAGAUGAAUGAGUUUCUCAAUAUUUAUUUUACAUUUUACUUAAAUGUCUUUCUUUAACAGUAUCUUGAGUUUAAUUGUUCUCUUAUCUUCUGCAGCGGAAAGAGCUUAUUAAGUAGUUAGCGCACUUCCUAUAACGAAGGAAAGAGCUGCUAAAUAUAAAGUUGGUAAUUAAUAAUGGGUACGUUUGGUCUAGUAAUCUCAAUUCUUACUGCUCUAAUUAUAAGUUACUAUUUUAGAAACUAUGAGUUUUUAGAGACAAAUGCUUUAAAAAGGAAAGCGAGCAUUCUUUUCUCAUUAAUGAUAUUAGUAAGGAUUACAAUAGUUUUCAUAGAUUUUAGUGGGUAAAUUUCUAUUUCUAAACAGAUUUUGCAUCUUUUUUGCUAGAUUUAUGGAAUUUUAAGCUUGGCAGAUUAUUUUGUUUCCAUACCCUUUGCUGAUUAGGAAAUAUCCAGAUUUUACUUAGUGUGUGCUACUUCCUUUGAAGUUAUCGUUUCAUUCUCUAACGUUUACUUUUUAACAUCAUUAAUUAAUGGUGAAGAAAUGUUUUACAUGAGUAUAUUAGGAAGUUUAAUCUUAAGUGUGUCUGCACAAUAAGCAUUUAAUUAUAAAUAUGAAAAUAUUUUAAAAGGAAGUUGGUAGAGAGAGAAAAUUAUUCCAGAAUUAGACUACUAUUUAGAACAAAUAGUACUUUUAGCUGAAUAAAGUAUUUAUAGCGAAGAAGCAAAGAUAAAGCUGUAAAAAGCUUAUAGAAUUCACUAAAGCAGUUGCAAAAUAAGCACAUGUGUUUGUCAUUCAUAUUACUUGUUAAACACAAAGUCAAUUAACGAAAUCUAGCUAAAUUCUAAUUUAGAGUCAAAUGCAAAGGAUUAGACUGAACAAAGCUAAUCUGUAGAAAAGGAAAUCAAUAUCAGAAUAAUUCAUAAAUUUGUAGACAGCAUAUUUCAAUGGAUGUUUUCUUAAAGAUGCAUAAAUUAGAAUACUUAAUAAUUUGAAAAACUUUCUUUGAAGUACAUCUCGUUUAUGAUUAAAUACUAAAAUAAUCCAGUAAGAGCUUAUUUCGAAUUAAAGUCUCUGUUUUUAAAAAAGAAUUCUUAUUCUUUGUACUUUAAAAUAAUUUAAAGUAUUAUAAGCUCGAAUAUAUAGGGUAAGAUUGACAAUACCUACAGCAAUAGCUACUCAGGUGAAGAUUAAAGCAAAAGCAGUAGAGAUUAGAUUAACUAAAUAAAAAAAUCUAAACUUAACAUCAAUUAAAAGAAUGAACUUUCAGUUUCAUCUAUUUUUUAGAUUGAAAAACUUAGCUAGAAGUUUAUUCCUUAAUUCCUGAAAGUAAUAGAAAAAAAGUAUGAGUUUUGGGUAAACCUGUAAAAUGGAUAUAAAUCUAUUGGUGAUUUCUAAGUCGAAGCAAUAAAACUUAUGAAAUAAGUUAGAAUUUUGAGAAUAGCUUUCUUGUAAUAAAUGAAAUAAAUGUAGAGAAUGCAUCCUGAGGUAGAUAACAACAUAUAGUUUUAAAAGUUAACUCAAAUAUUUCUUUUGUUCAUAGCUAACGACACUAUAAAAGCAAUUAAUCUGGAAGUAUUAAUGAAUGAAUUGAAAAAAAGAGAUUCCAUGGCAGAAUUUGAAAUGCUCAAAAAUAUCAGUUUAACUAAAGGUGAUAUCUGCAUUCUAGAAAUGAGCCUUUCCUAGAAUUUCGGAAAUAUUGUAAGUCAAAAGGAUGAUAAAACAGCAUAGUUUUUUGGCUUUUAAAAUAAAGAUAACUUCUAAAAAAUUAAUCAUAUAAAUGAUUUAAUGCCCGAUUUCAUUGGAAGAGCGCACAACAGAAUUGUUAAAAGCUUCAUUUAAGGUACUUCAUACAGGGCUAAAGCUGGUAUAACUACUCUAAGCUCGUUUAUUAAACAGAAUGAUGGAUAUCUUCAACCUGUGAAAAUCUAUUUUGAAUUUUCAUAUACUUCACCAAUAGAUUUUCGUAUGUAUGGAGUAUUACUAAAAAAAAGAUAAAAUGAAGAAUAUAUUAUUUUUCAUAGAUCAGGUAAAAUUGUUGGCUUAACAAAAAAAAUUGCAAAGAUAUUAUUUUAGGAAUUUCAUGAACUACCUAAUGGUGACGUAGCUGUAUAAAGAUUAAAUGCUCUUCUCCUUAUUCCAAGAAUUAUAAAAAGGAUACAAGAAAACAGAGAUAAUAUUUUUCAAGAUUUAAAAAGUAGAUUAUUGAUAGAUUAACUUACAAACUCUGACUAGAGCGAGCUCUAGAGUAAUUCACAAAAAAGUUCUUUUACUAUGAAUACUCUUAUUGAGAAUGGAUUAGGAUCACUUAAGUUUUACUCAAAUCCUUAUAGUAUUUUAAGGAAAUUUCUAAGCUUUCUGAAUAAAAAACACCUUUAAUCCAAUACUAAAUCUAAAAUCAAAGAUAAAUAUGAAAACUUAGAUAUUUUAGAUAAAUAAUUUUUUAGAAUUUUGAAGUAAUUCUAAGAUUAUGAAGAAGGCCAAAGUACUAAUAGAAGUAAUCAUGAUUCUUCAGAGAGACUUUUGUCUAACAGAGAAUUAUAAUAGGUUUAAUCAUAAGAAUUAAAUAUUUUUAAGAAUGGAACCGGAGUUAAAACAAUAAGCACACAGAACUCUAAAAAAUAUUUUGUGAUGGAAUAUAAAAUGAAAUUCAAUUAUUAGCUAUAAUUUUGCUUUAUUGAUUAAAGUAGAAAUUAAGGCACACAAACGAGCUAAAAAUAGAAUAGUUCAUUAAUUCAAAAUCAAACAAAUUAGAAGAACAGCUAUGAAAAUUAAUUUAAAGAUAUUUAUUUUCUUUUGAAGAUGGAAAAUAUAACCACAAAAUGUAGGCCUAUAAAAAAAAAAUUUAAAGGUUUGGAAGCUUUUGUUAGAAAUCUUGCUAAAUAUUUUAGCUCUACAACAUCUAUUGUUUAGAUAUACAAUUAAAUUUAUAAAUUAGAACUCAAAAGUGAUUUAAAGCAAUAAAUAGAAAACAAAGCAAUUGAUAAUUCUAUUAUUUCUGUUAAUCAAGAAAAGUCAGAAUUAUUUUCCUCAUUCCUGUCAGGCCCAAUACCUUAAUUUUCUUAGUAAGCAAAGGAGCAGUUUUUGAAUUUUCCUAAAAAAAUGGUCAGAACUUUGUAAAAUAAUAACCAAAAUUCAAAUAAACAAAAUAACUUUGAAGCUGGCGAUGAUGAUGAUAUUGAUGAUGUAGGUAUUUCUGGCCAUAAAAACAGAAGCGAUAAAUAAAUGAAAAAUACUUCUUCUGUUACUAGUAGCCAGGUACAACAAAGCGAAAGUGAAAGUGAAGACGAUGAUGAUGAUAAACUGAAUUACGAAAAGCUUUUCCAAUAAAUAAAUGGGUUAAUUUUUAGCUUAAAAUAAAAUAAAGAAUCUUAAGAUGCUUGUAAUUAAGCAUUACAAUAGCUGAUUGAAAAAUGUUGCACUACAAAAAGCUAGAUAAUUUUAUUAGAUCCUAAUUAUCCCAUCAAAAAAAUAUUGUAAAAAAGGUCUAAUGGCUUUGAAUUAAGCAAAGAACUUGAAAUUGCCUUCAUAGAAAAUAUCUUUAUGCAAUAAUAUGAGAGCUUUAAUACUACUUAAGGAGAGUAAUUUGUUUAAAGAAAUAAUCAUUCGUAAAUUAAUAAUGAGAAUGAGUAAACUCCAAUGACAUUUAGACAUGAAAUUUGUGAUUUAGACAUCAGCUAAGAUCAAACUCCUUUUAAAAAUUUACCCAUUUUAGAAAGCCAUACAAAUAGAUAGGGAUAAAAAAAAGUUUUGAUAAACAACAUUGAUACUAUUGGAAUUAACAAUCACAAUAACCACCUAACAGCUGAAGAAAACAUUUUAGAAGUAUCCUAAGUUAGUGAAAUAAAUUAAUUUGAUGAUUAGAGUCCAAAUAAAAAUAAGCACAAGAAGUAUAUUGGGCAAGCGCUUGAUAUUUCAAAUAUAACUAUAGGAGCUGAUACUUAAAUGUUUACUUAAAUGAAUUACCCUGAAUAAUACACUAAUUUUAAUACAGAUACUGAUAAGCUAGCUAAGCCUUAAAUGAAUAAAAAAAUUUCUCUAGUGAGAGAAAAAACUAGUGAAUCAUUUUUAAAUAUAUCUUAAAGGCCUAUAUUAAAUACAUAAAAUAUAGAGACAAACUAUCAAUAUACUCAAGAAAGAUAGCAAACAUAUCUAGAUAACUAAAUUCAAAAAGACCAACACAGAAUAUCAUAGCAAUAUAGUUAAUUAGACUAAAGCAAUUUUUAGUUAAUUCACAGCUAAUUAAAUUAAAAGCUUUCGCUUUAAGAUAAUUAACUGAAUUAUUCUCAUGAAAAUCAAGUAAAGAGUAAUAUAAAUAAUUAAUCUAGCAAGCAGAAGGAUAUUAAUUAACAAAGCACAUUUAAUUCUUCUAAAAAAAUGGGUAAUGAGGGAGAUAAUAAUUCAAACGAUUUUAUGCACUAGUAAGCAGUUGCUAAACUUUUAAACCAGUAAGGAAUUGUUGAAGGCAAAAAUAGUUUGUAAAGAGCAAGUAUUAGCUCUUCUAACAGGACUUCAAGUAGUUACGCUGGAUUAUUCCUAAAAGAAAUUAUUUUAAAAUCAAAAAUGCCUAAAUCUUCGGUUCAAUAUAGGAUAAUUUUAUUUUUAUUCUUGUUCUCAUUUAUUCUACUCAAUAUAAUUAAUAUUGUGAUCAUCAAGAGCGAUAUGGGAAUAUUUACAAGUAAUGUUGCAGUGCUAAGAUAUCCGCGCUAGUUUCUAAGAGAUUAUGGAAAAGCUCUUUUUGGAUACUAUAUUUCUUUGGAAAUUUAGCAAGGAUAUUUAUAUGAUGAUUAAGGAAAAGUGGCUAGUGCAGUUAAUGAUUAUUAAAUUCAAAGUAUUUAAGAGUAUAAUAGCUUACUUUAAUUAUAUUCUAUAUAGCUAGUUUAGUUACAGCAAGCAUAGUUUGCUCACAAUUCGACGUAAAUGUCAAAUUAUUCUAUAUACAUGGGUAGAUAAGAGAGCAGUAUUUACAUAUCAAAUGAUCUGUUGUUUGACAUGCAAUAAUAUUUUAUUAAUUGUUUAAAUAUGUCUUUUACUAAUACUUAAAGAGUAGAUUCGUUUCUCUAUUUAAGAUAGAAUUACUUCAAAUUUAGCUCAUCAGUUGUUGAUUCAGUCAAUUAUUUGGUUAAUGAUACAAUCAAUGCAGUUAAUAGUCUAAUUAGUAAAUUUACAAUAGUAAUCAUAAUUGCAAUUUUUGGAAUAAUUUUUGUGUCAAUAAUAUCUUUGCCUGUUCUUAAAUCAAUCAAUAUUUAUGAAGAAAAAAUAAUGAUGAUAGUCACAAGAAUAAAUUUUGAAGCUUCAGAGAUAGAAAAAUGUAAGCUUUAAAUUUGUAUGGAAUUAAUAGAUAUUAACUAAUUGAAUUGGCUGAAUUAUAAUUAUUUUGACAUAUUCAAUAUACAAUCAUAAACUGAAAAAGAAAAAAAUAAUUUAGCAGCAUCGAGCAGUCAUCAUAAGCCUGAUAUAAAAUCUACUAAAUUAAAAAGUAAUACAAAUGAAGUAAAAAAUGUCAUUAAUUAGCUAAAGGAUCAAUCAAAUAAUUAAUUGAUGAAUAGCGGUAUGUUUUAAAACAACAGUAUUGAGAAAAGCUUUAUCUCUUUUAACAAUUAAUAAUCUUAGCUUAUACAAUAACAAAGUUUACUAGCAGUUAAGUAAAACACACCUAAAGAUGGCGGGUAAAAACAAUAGCAGCAGUUUAAGCUUGGUAAAAAUAAAAAUUCCAAAGCUAAAAAUAGCUAUUUACUUUAAUCUAAAAUAGCAAACUAAAGCUUAAAUGUAUUUGGUAGAUUUAUUACUCUAUUAUCUCUAACAAUAAUGAAUUGCAUAUACUUUUUAAUUAUUAUUGUUUACCUAACAUAGAGUAAUGAUCAAUUGAAGGUACCUGUCUAAAUGAAUCAAAGAAGCAUCAACUUGCAUGUAAUUAUGACUAAUCUUAAGAUAGCAACAGAGUUAUUAUCGUUUGACUAUUAUAUUAUGGGUACUUUAUGGCCUGACUAUUAAAUAACCAGUUUAUAAAAUUUCUUUGAUUAGAUGAACUAAAGUAUAACAUAGCUCAACCAGCUCUAAUAGUAGAAUACUGAUAUUAUUUAUGGAAAAAAUCCUUUUCCAUCUAAUGUUCUUAACUAGAUGAAAGAUAUUUAUGAAGGUAGAGGUUGUUAAUAUUUAACAAAAUAUAAAUGCUAAGAUCUAGCUUAAGAGCUAGGAAUAGUCUAGAUUAUAGCUGAUAAAACGAAAUUUGUUACUGAAUACCCAGAGGUAUUAGCUCCAAAUUAACCUCCUGUAGAUCAAUUGGUUAUUUUUCUGAACUCAGAACCUCAUAUGAAAAGUUUUAUAUAUAGUUUCUAAAGUGAAGAUGAAUUGCUCGAUUUUUACAGUACAUUAACUAAUGAUAGCAUUUCUACAGUAUCCUUAGUUAUAUAAGAUUUUUUAUAAAACUAUCUUAUUUUUGCAGGUUCUAUUUUUUCAAUAUGUAUAUUUCUAGUCAUAACAAUACAUUGGCACUUCUUAUUCAAUAGAAUAUAAGAAAUGAAUUUACUUUUAACAAUCAUUCCUGAAGAAAAAUUGUAAGAGGAUGUCACUUUGCAUAUGAUAAGAUAAGUUCAUCGUUUAUGA